CGGCUGGAGGAGGUGGGGGGAGGAAGGGGGAGGUCGAGGGCCGGUGGGGGGCGGCGGGCAGUAGUAGAUCUGUGCCUUGGACGGGCAGGGUGGGGGUGCGCAAUCUGGACUGGUAGAGAGUGGGCGGCGCUGCCCCGCUCCCUUCGCCGUCCCCUGGCUCUCUGGCGCUCGUGGGCGCUUGGCCAUGGCUCCUGCGCCUCCGCUGGCGGGAGCGUCUCGGGCCAGCCGUCGGUGCGAGGCUGCCUAGGAUGAACGCUCUGGAGGGGCAGCAGCCCCCCAGCGCCCACGACCUGCUGGACGUGGCUGCCGUCUACUGCGACAACCUGAGCCUCUUCCCACCCCCUCAGAGACCCCCGGGGGCCCACCCCGGCGGCUACAGCCUGGGAGAAUCGGGAGGCGGCAGCCCUUACCUGUGGCUCAACGGCUCGGCCGUGCCGUCCAGCCCUUACCUGGCCGCCGGGCCCAAUGGAGCCGCCGCCGCCUCCUUCCUGCCCUCGGCCUAUGGCGCCGCCGGCGCCCGGCAACUGCUGGGCGCUCCGUCGGCGGGGCCCGAACUCAGCUGGCUGUCCCUGGCCGGCCAGCAGGACUUCUUCAAGCUGGUGCGCCCGCCCUACUCGUACUCGGCGCUCAUCGCCAUGGCCAUCCAGAGCGCGCCCGACAAGAAGCUCACCUUGAGCCAGAUCUACCAGUACGUGGCUGGCAACUUCCCCUUCUACAAGAAGAGCAAAGCCGGCUGGCAGAACUCCAUCCGACACAACCUCUCGCUCAACGACUGCUUCAAGAAGGUGCCCAGGAACGAGGACGACCCAGGUAAGGGCAAUUAUUGGACCCUGGAUCCUAACUGUGAGAAGAUGUUUGAUAAUGGCAACUUCAGGAGGAAGAGGAAAAGGCGAUCUGACCUAGCAAAUGGGCCUGGAGUCCCUAACAAAGUGGAAGACAAAAGCAAGAGCUGUCUUGCCCAACAAGCCCCAGACUUGGGCUCUGCUGAACUGCCCUGCUCUCCAAGUCCUAUGAACCACUGCAAAUCCUCCAGCCUGAAUUCCAGCCGUUGUUUGUCUACGUUCGUCUCCACCAUGAAUGCUGUGGCCCAUGGCAGAAACGGCUUCCCCAGGCAGCUUUCUGGGGGGUUGGGGGGCGAACUCACAUCUGAGAGGCAGAAUGGGUCUGGGUUGAGCACUUACUCUGCUCCAACAGCAACCCAGUUUCAGGAUUUGAACUCAGUCCUCAGUCCCACUCCAAGAUGAAUUACUAUGCGAGUGCAGGUGGACAGUCAAACUGGUUCGGCACCCCUGUCCUGGGCACCUUCAGUGUGAACAA